AUGUGUGUGUUUGUGUUUGCAUGCGCGCUCGCGUGCGUGUAUGUGUUGGCUAGCUGAGAAAGAGAGAAGAAUAUGAAAGCUGGUGGAAACAGACGUUGAAGGAGUUCUCUUGAUACUUACACUCUCUGUAUGAAUACCAGCAACUAGUUCGAACUUUGCGCAUGAGAAGUCUCCUGUUAUAUUUAUAGGAAUAUUAUUCGAAUAUUUACAAGUGCGUUAUGAAGGGAAUCAGUGUCCUAUUGUUUUCUGUAUUCAUCUCAUACACACUCUCGGUUAAACAAGAUGUCGCUCCUUUCCAUCAACGUAUAGGAGAUUAUGUAAGUUUGAGUAACAUGACUCACAGUAACAAGUUUAAGAGAAAUAAACCUAAUCCUAAAUGUAACGAACUGUUCUGUGACGGUAGCGGGCGUCCAACAUCCUUUCGCUGCUGCCCGGGUUUGAAAUGUGUAUGUAGAAUAUUACUUAAAUGCCGUUGUAGUUCAAAAGAUACGAUCCACAUGGCUCAUAACGGUAUACACCAAACUGUAAUCGCUUUUCUGAUUUUUAUUGUAAAUUUACCAUCUUAUUGACGUUCUGCUCUGGUGAAUCUUGUGGAUAAAUGUCAUACGUCAGAUUGUUUUUUAUACAAUGGGGAAAAUCGAUGAGAAGAAAUGCAGACAAACAAAGCAAAGGAGCAAAAGCAAAAGGAGAAAAACAAAGCAAACAGCAAAAGUACAAUCAACUACAACAAGAACAUCAACAAGUGUUGUUGCUGAUAAUGCUGCUGUGCUUUUCUACCUCCUCCUCCUCCUCCUCCUCCUCAUCUACCUCUUCCUACUACUACUACUACUACUACUACUACUACUACUACUACUACUUUUUCAAUUUUGAAAAUUAACCAAUCGUCAAAUCCUAUAACAGUAGAAAAGCUAUGAAUAAACAUCAAGAGACAUAAUGAAAUAUAAAAUAUUAACGAACAAAAGUUUGAUUUUGUAAUUUAUCCUGGAAAGAAAUUCACGUUUGUUGCACCAAGAACGGAAAUGGUAAAAGAAGAGAAAAUCUGUAGACCAUAAUCUACAACUAUGAGUUUUCUAACAAACCUAAAUUAAUACGACCAACGUAUUUGAUAUCUAAUAUAUUUAUGCUAUUAAUACGUCAAAUUUUAAUAAAAUUCCAAUGAAAUAAAUUUAUUAAAGCCUCACAAA